AUCUGGCACAGAGUGGUCUCAUGAGAUUUAACCUUGGAAAGUUUCAUAUAGACCGCGAAUAUCUCGGUGUGGGAAUUACUUUAUGUAUUCUUGGAAUAAUGUUCUGGUAUGUAAUGUGUUAUUCGCUUACAUUGUUGGUGUUAAACUUCCGUGGUAAUACAAUUUUCCAACAUGGAGUGAGUCAGUUGAGAAGAUUCUUGCAGGCAGAGCGUGUAGACAAGAAGUUAAUCGAAAAAGCGCUCACUCACUUUCGAUAUUGGUGGUUUAGAACAAAAGGAAUGAAUAUGCAAAGUCUUAUGAAUGAACGCAUUGGUGUUGUUUUUAGACAAGAACUGAACUAUUAUUUUUUUAAAAGAACAAUUGAAGCCACCGACACUUUGCUGCAUGGCGGCGAGAGUCUUCAAAGACAACUUGUGAGUGCAGCAGCUCAGUGGUUCUUCCUACCUGGGGAAAUAAUAGUGCGGGAGAUGGAUUUAAGUCCCUGGAUAUACAUAGUGCACAGAGGAAGUAUUCUUAUUAAGCAGAAUGAUGAGGAAUUGGCCAAGUUAACCAAGGGAUCCAUAUUUGGCCAAUUGGAUGGUACUAAACCAAGGCCCGUCCGUAUAACAGCGUAUGCUGAUGGCUACGCGGACCUGUUGCAAAUCUCUAUAAAGGAUUUCCAGGAUGUUGUUGAAGACGAGACAAGGGAGCGGAUGAAACACAACCCUUCGAUGAAGCACGAUUUCAUGCCAUUGAAGAAUACAGUACCAGAAAAUCCUUACAAUACUCUAUCGUUUAUACUCCGCGGGCGCAAAACUAUAAAAAUGCCAGUAAAGUUGUUAUUACUACCUCUAAACGUUUGA